AUGGCUCAACGUAUUCCACUGAGGAAAAAGAAUGCGAAGAAUGUUAUGCCACUACUACCACCCGAACUCACUCAGGAAGGUACGUCGUACGCCUUCCUCGGUCCGAAGAUCCGCAAGUCACCUCGAGCAAUUGCCACCCGCCGAUUCUACAGCCUUGAAAGACGCUUCGAAAGAGAUCCUGCCUUAAAGCAAACCUACCACGCAUACAUCGAAGAAUAUCUCCGCCUUGGUCAUAUGCAGAAACUCGAUGUAGUUGACGACGAAAUCCCGCACUGCUAUUUGCCACACCACCCGGUAUUCAAGGAGAGCAGCACCACCACUAAGGUACGCGUAGUGUUCGAUGCCUCCUGCAAGACUUCCUCAGGAAUAUCGUUAAACGACACACUUCUCGUUGGUCCAGUCAUGCAACAAGAUCUCGUCACAAUCACCAUUCGAUUCCGUUUCCACGUGAUUGCUUUCGUUGCUGAUGUGGAAAAAAUGUAUCGACAAGUAUUCCAUUUUCCCAUCGAUCAACACUUCCUACGAAUCGUAUUUCGCCGAAACCCAACUGAUCCUCUCGACACGUACGAACUGCUUACUAUUACGUACGGCACCGCUUCUGCUCCGUUUCUGGCAACACGGACACUUCAACAACUGGCGAAAGACGAAGGCGACAAGUAUCCAGAAGCAGUGGAAGCCGUAGUUGAGGAUUUUUACGUAGAUGAUCUUCUCUCGGGUGCGGACAAUCUCGAAUCCACAAUCGAAAUUAUCGUCGCCAAAUUACUGCUAUGCUCGCGUCAGCCGGUUUUCCGAUGA